AAGAAGAGCGGGCGGCAGCGGAAAAGCAGGCCCAAGAAGAAGAGCGGGCGGCAGCGGAAAAGCAGGCCCAAGAAGAGCGGGCAGCGGAAAAGCAGGCCCGAGAAGAGCGGGCGGCAGCGGAAAAGCAGGCCCAAGAAGAAGAGCGGGCGGCAGCGGAAAAGCAGGCCCAAGAAGAAGAGCGGGCAGCAGCGGAAAAGCAGGCCCGAGAAGAGCGGGCGGCAGCGGAAAAGCAGG